UGCUGAGAUGGCUGUUGUUGUAAAGGAGCGUGAAGGGGCAGAGAUAGUGUAUGGUUCUGAAGAGUGUUAUCGUCACUCCAUAGAGCUCUUAGAAGAGUUGGGUUUUCCAAAGGGUGUUCUUCCCCUGCAGGACUUGGUGGAGUGUGGAAGAGUCAGAGAAACUGGGUUCGUGUGGAUGAAACAGAAGGCCCCUUAUGAGCAUUUCUUUGAGGGAACCAACACCAGGGUGAGUUAUGCAGUUGAGGUCACUGGGUAUGUGGAGAAGUUUAGGAUGAAGAAAAUGACAGGCAUUAAGAGCAAGCAGAUGCUGCUGUGGGUGCCAAUAUCUGAGAUGAGCAUUGAAGAUCCUAAGGGGAAGAAGAUACUCUUUAAGACCCCUGUAGGAAUAGGAAAGUCCUUCCCUAUCAUCGCAUUCAUGACUCCAGAGGAAAAGGAAAACCACAUACUGUUGCAGAAUAAGGUGAUCGAAGAGUGAUUAUUCAUGAACUGAUAUAUGAGAUCUUCCUAAUGAAUAAUGAAUGAGCAAUGAGUAUUCAAGAAAAUUUUAUCAGUUUAAUUUCUAUGCAAUUUAUCGUUGGUAUCAAUAUGAUAAUUAUCAUAAAAAUCAUUAAUUAUAUUAUAUAUAACUGUUUGUUUGUUAUUAGAUGACAGUGUAAAAUCCUUUAUAUUCAUACUUCUGCUAUAAAUGCUAUUUGCUUUUACUAUGCAUAAACUGGUUUAUUUUCACGGGGCAUGCAAUUGUAGAUUGGGAUGUAUGUUACGAAAUGAACAUCAAGUUACUAAAUAGCAGUGUUGAAUGCAGAAUAUGGAGACACUUGAGUGAGUUAGUGUUAGACCUUUUAUGGCUGACAUACAUACUAGUGGAGUCUAAAAUGAUGUUUGAAACAGGAUUAUUUUCCAUGAAUGACAAGGUAUCUAUCUGCUAC